UUGUGGUUUUCCAGGUAUCUGAAAUAUCAAACUGAUGGAGAAUGAGUUCUUCGGAUUUGUCGAUUGUUACUGGCAAAGUGGAUAGUGCCGCCAAAGUGCGUGAGCACGUUUCUGCUGAUGUUGAAUUGCAAGAGCAGCGUAAGCUUUAUCAGCUGCAUCAGGAACGGGUAACGAUCUGCUCCGCUAAGCUUGAGGAGCGACGUCGAAACCUCGAGGAAAAGCAGGCGCGAUAUGACAAGCAUAUACAGGACGGAAAAGAACGCUGCGCCGCCGCCCGUCGCCGGGCGAAAAAUGAGAUUGAAGUCAUCGAGCAGAAACAAGUUGAAAUCACAGCAAUGCUAGAAGAGCUGACGGAUGUUAAAGAGGAGCUUCGGCGACGAAAAGAGGAUGCGGAAAAGUUUGUGCUGUAUCAGGAUUUUCUGCAAGGUGCGGUCGAUGCGUCAGGAGGAGAAUUUUCCUCCAUGCAAGACCUGCUAAGCAGAUAUUGCAUAAUGUUGCAAACGAAAAAGGAUCUAGAAUUCCAGCUUAAGCGUGUUCAAAACGAAAUCGCAACUUUGCGGAAUGGCACAAUGCUGCUUCAGCAGAGUCAUUCCACUGAUCUGUUGAGAAUCGGCAAUGAAAUCACAGAUCUUCAAAAGCAGUUCUUGCAUACACACGAAUGCGUUAUCAACCUGGAGGAAUCGUUGGAAGAUCUUCGUUCAAAUCGCCGGGAAACCGUUGCUACCGAGGGAACAUUGAAACUUGCGACGAACAAUGUUUAUCGCAUUUUGAUGCGUUAUAGACAAAAGGCUGGACUUUCUUCCGGUUCGCGUGAUAUAAUACAGGAUUCUAAUCUAUGUGAUCAGUUACAGAAGAUCGGUGAAUAUAUUGAUGACUUCCGUGCAGUCGUUCAUGUUGUGAGGGCAGAAAGAGAUAUAAUACGUGAUGAUGGAUCGAGCCAAGCUAUGCGCGGCUCUAUAGCUCCGAUGCUAGUAUGA